CACACCACUAAUUCAUACUGUUAAAAAACUAAACCCGAUUUGAGCAAUAAUGUCGGCAUCGGAACAAGGACCCAAAAUCAAGUACGGAGAAACCGCGCCCAAGCUAGACAAAGCCCAGCUGCAGUUCAUGAAAUUGAUCGAGGAGCAGAACUUGGAUCGUGUCCAGAAAUUAAAACGUGUGCGACGCAACAACUUGCUAACAGCCGGAGCGCUUGGCUUCUCAGUUCUGGCCAUUUACGGCUACUCCAUAUUCUCGGUGCAACAGGAGAAGUUCCUCGACGACUUCGAGGAGCCCAAGAAAGUAAACACCAACUAAAUUUGAUCCUCGCACCUGUUA